ACGGUCACAUUGUUCGCGAUUUUUGUUGUAAAAGUGUUUUUGUUCUAUUUGCUUGCAUAAAACUGCGGGUUCCAAGUGAAACAUUUAUUGUUGUGGAAUAAAAAUGCCAGAAAAUUAGUGAGCAGUGCUUCCCGCCCCGAAAUUAAAGCAAGCAGGUGCGAAAAUUCCGCGAACAACGAACACUAACCAAUGACGUCGCGAAUCUGUGGCGACAAAGAGCAGUAGGAGGAAAGUGGUGGUCAUACACCCGUAUUGUGUCAGCAUAAUCAGUAUUAGCAGCCCGGAUUGAAUACACAAGUCAAACGAACAUCCCCCACUAACCGAAACAGAAACAUGUGCUAGAUCUCCUCGAAAUGGGAUCGCGUAUCAAAAAUGACGUGAAGAAGCUCUUCGAGUUCUGGUGCGAGGUCUCGCCAACGCCGGGAUUGGAGAGAGGCACGAGUCCCAGAAGCGGUGGCCCAGCGGCUCCCGCCGGUGUCAUCGUAGAGAGCUUUCCUGAGGGAUUCCGCGACCAGGAGGUGCUUACCGGCAUCCCAUCGUUUGCCUUUCCCUGGGAAACAUUAAGCUCCUCGGUGCAAACAUAUUCCUUUGUGCAUACCACCGGCGAUUCGAAAUGGCGGUUUGGCUUCUGUCGGCAGGAUCCCAGGACGAACACGGCCAUGGUGCUUAUAACCUACCUGCCGUGGCACGACACCUUCCUGAAACUACUACCCAUUCUCUCCGAGCUAAAGCGUACGGAUUCCAAUGGAUUCCGCGUCUUCCUGUCCGAGGCCUACAACCAGGGGAUACCAGACUGUGGUGGUAGUCUAAAAGUUUUCUAUAACGCAGGGCAAAGUCACUUUACCUUUGAGCGUCCACUGCAGUUUCAGUUGCCCAGCAUGCCGGAAAAUCACAACUUGAAUUUAUAUUACAAUUUCGUGGAACCCAAGGAGAUGAUUGCUGUGUUUGCUGCUAUGCUGGCUGAGCGUCGAAUUAUCUUCACAUCCAGACACCUGGACCGACUGUCCUCCUGCAUCCAAGCGGCGAAUGCAUUCCUAUAUCCUAUGGUCUGGCAGCACAUCUUUAUACCAGUGCUGCCGUGGGAGUUCAAAGACUACCUGGGGGCGCCCAUGCCAUAUCUGAUUGGUGUGCCAGAACCAGUGCUCGAAACUGUGACCAGCGAUGAACUUGGUGAAGUUGUGAUCCUGAACUGUGAUACGAAAAUAUUCGAAAGCCCAUUCGACGAUGUGCACAAUCUGCCGACGGAGAUUGUCUCACAGCUGAAAAAGUAUCUAAAUCAUACACAUGACCACAUCGGCGACCGGAUCUCGAAGAUUUUUCUUAAUGCUCUUGUACAACUGAUCGGUGGCUAUCGGGACGCAGUCGAGUACCAUGAGAACAGCAAGACUUUCAACUCCCAAAAAUUCAUCGAAUCUCGGCCGGCGCAUCUGCGCCCGUUUCUUGCCAAAAUGAUGGACCUGCAGAUCUUUGCACAGUUCAUCGAUGAUCGCCUGAAGAUGCUCAACAGCGGACUCGGCUUCUCCGACGAGUUCGAGCUGGAGACGGUGCGCUAUGCGGAAAAAAAGAAGCGCGGACGAAACUACACCAUUAUGAAGAACCUGAAGGACAAGACUAAUCCGGCUGUAAAGUCUGCCGUCAAAUCGGUAAAGGAAGGCUCACGGGGCAUGAAAACAGCUUACAAGGGAUUCAAGACAAAGCUCCGCGAGAACGGCAACCAGUUUGGCGGUACUCACUUUCACUUUGGCCUGGGAUCUCCGAACCACUCAGAUCGUCCGGACGGUGCCAGCGGAGGUUACGUUCGCGGUGGCAAAGCCAUUGGAGCUGCACACCAUUCGGCACCCAGUUCACCAGUGACUAGCAAGCGGCUAGAUGGGAUUGCCUCCGUCACAGGAAGCAGCAGCAGCGGUGGAACCGGCGCCAGGGAGCAGAGGGAGUUCUUGCGACGUGGUCCCAUACCGCUGGCCAUGUCUAGCUCAAGCAGCCACAUUCAGCCGAAUGGCCAUGCGUACGGUUCGAGUGCUGGUGGUCAUUAUGGUCAUCACCUCGCUGCGUCUCCUGCUGUUAGCUCAGCGAGCUCGCUCUGCUCAUCGUCGGAGAUGAACCUAUCCCAGGAGCUACAGAACCAUCCGCUCUUCAAGACGCCGGCCGUGGACCGCAGUCUUAAGCCAAACGCAGAGCACAGGAGAGGAGCAGCACCGCCAGCGCGACCACCGCCUCCGCAGUCCACGCCCGCCUCCUACUACAACCAUCCCUAUGCCGCGCAUCCUCAUGUGGAAUCGAAGCCACCGAGGCACACUUCUACGCCAACCAGAGCACGCCAACCACUGCCCACCGCUGAUUCUAGCUUUGAUAGUCCUCCGGAUGUGCAAUCUCCACCGAUUCCGCCCCGAAGGCAAGGCAGCUCGAAUACUAUUGUUGCAGCAACAGCAGCAGCCGUCAGUGCAGAAAUCAGCAAGCUGGAACGCAACUGCUGGGAAGACGAGCCUACCGGAAACGACUCAGUUCGCAACUCGAAUGCAUCUUCAUCGUCGGCCACAUCAUCCUGCUCUUCGGGCGCAUCCUUUGUGACGGCGGCUUCGACGUUCUCGCACCUAAAUGUCUCCGAUCCGCCUAUUCCGACACCGCGGACCAAGAGAGAGCAGCACCAGCCACUGGAGGACAGCAUGAACGAUCUGAUAUCGCUGAGCGAUAGCAACAACACCAGCUUUGACCUGGAGGACUUCGAUCCGCUGAAUCAGAAUGCUCGUCCGCUACCGCCGCUCAGCAAGGCAUUUGGUAAGAAGUGCAGCACACUGCCCGCUGGCGUCAACAGCAGUGUGGUGGCGAAUAGCGUCAGCAAUCCGCUCUACCCAUACUUCGCGCCAAAGCACAUGGCAACAGUAGCAGCGGUAACAGGACGGACGCCGCCGAUGCAUCCACCGUCGCAAAACCAGCGUAGCACCAUUGCCGCUAAGCCCGAUGACGAUUUCGAGCUGCUCCGCAAGUACGGACUGGAUCAGUUCACCCUGAACGCCAAUGGAACGGAGAAGCCUCAGCAGCUCACCACUGGAAAGGGGAUGAACAACUGGACAACAUUCGAUUAGAGGGACAUUGGUGUGGACAACUCGCUUCAAAUAUGAUACCAAAAUAAGUGUGAUUAAUACAUUGUGUUGUAAAUAGCUAGGAGAGAUAGGCAGAAUCAAGGAUAAGGAGACCGAUGAUAGUAAAGUAAACCCUAAAUACCCAAAUUGUAUGUCAACCAUAGUCAGUUAGUUAUAUUCAGUGGCCCCGUUCAGCAAAGGAUCAAAGUAAAACGCUUGUUUGUGUAAAUAACUGUUUAGUGGCAAGUUUUAGCAAUUUGCAUGAAUUGGAACUGUUGCUAACAUAUACAUAUUGUACACUGGACUUCCAAAUCAAAAGACACAAGAAUCUAGAGUAGCAUGAAUUUAAGCCAACUAGCCUAACAAAUUACAAAUAAAAUACAAAAUAAAUUCCAGUAAAAAUAUCUGGCUCAAGAUAA